AAUAUACAUAGUAAACAUUUAAUGCCCUGAUUUACAUUGCAGGUCCUGAAGAUAAACACAGACCAGUGCAUGCAAAGACAUUUUCCUUUAGUGAUGGGACUGUUCACCAAAGGACCCCUGAAGGCCAUGAAGACAAACACACGCCUGUGUCAAAGACAUUUUCUUCUGUUGAUGCAACUGUUCAACAAAGACUCUUAGAAGAUUUACAUCAUGAUAAAAAAUUCAGUAACAAUGUUCUGGGUCAAGGUGAAGAGAGUUCCAUGUUCAGAGUUCAUGAGUUAUUUAAAAAAGAUGUAUUUUCUGUUAUUCUGUGUUCAGUAUUGUCUCGGCUGUACCAGAUCAAAGACUUUGUGUCAGUCAAUUACCCCAGUGGAAAGAAAUCUGUUCUUGUUACUUCUCCUUCCCAUAAAGUCAUUUGUAAAGCCAUGGUGGACAACAAAAGUGAAAUGGAAAAGACUAUCGUUGAUAUAUUAUGCAAGACAAAUCCAAUGGCUGUAGUUAAAGGUGUAUCAAAACUAAUUGAAGAUGAAUGCACCCAUGUCUGCUAUCGAGGUUCCGCCGCAUGCUUACAAAACAAGAAAUUUGAGCAUUUCCAGAAUUUUAAUUGGAAGACUUUAUAUGAUGAUCUCCUCGAUAGAUGUCCUCAUAUCAUGGCAAUUAUAACAUCAACGGUACAGCGCCAACCUCCAAAUAUUGUUAGCAAACCAUUUUUUCAUGUUAUGUUUUCAAGUGCUACAGUUUUACACGGAAGAAAUCAAGAAAUGUCAGUUCUCCAUUACAUGAUAGCUUUCUUCCUUGCCCGCGGUGGAUGUACUCAGCGAACCAUGGAAUCACUUUGCAAGGCUGGAAUAUGCAUCCAUCCCAAAACACUGCACAACAAACUGGCAGGGUGGAAAGACAAGUUAGAUGAAGAACUCAAGGCUCUAAAGAUCAAAUGGACAGACAAUGAGUCUUCACAUAAAUAUCAGCUUGUUGGUGACAAUUGGGAUAAGGAUAUUCUCCCAUCCUAUCGCACUACAGAUCGGAAAACACAGAGCCUCCACCUAUUCCAAAUGUAUGCCAUUGUUGACAGAUUUUCUCCGACAAGUCCAGUGGGGUCAAAUGGAUUUGAAAAUAACCUAGUAUACAUUCCUUCUGUCCAAGAACAGAAGCAACUACUGAAUGAGCUUACAUUCAUAUUUGCAACAGCCAUCAUCAGAAACAUCCCUGAUGUAUCAAAGUAUUUGGAUAACACAUACCCACAGCAUUUGGACCAUAAACAUAGUAAAUAUGCAGGAAUUAAAACAACACAGUAUCCACUUGGACUCUAUGACACAAAUGAGAACAAGACUGAUGAAGUGAUCCGUCUCCUGAAAACUCUAACUGAUCUAUAUGUCCCAGUAAGGAAUGAAGAGGUCAUUGAUGCGGUUUUCUUUGGAGAUAAACUUUAUUGA